GUAAAAUCUUAGAGAGACGAGAAGGUAGGAAGAGAGUUCUUCAUAGAUGGACUUCGAAGUAGAGCUAUACGGGCUAAGAUACGAAAACGGUUCUCCCCCAUCACCUUCACCCUGACGCAAAUCAUGGAUGCAGCAGAGGAGAUGGAGCGAAAGUUCGCUGCCGGCUUCCUCGAGGGAGAAGAUCACGCUAAAGAAGUUGACUCUACGGAAUUGACAUGCGCAAGGAUGGAAUUAGCUGCCCUGCAACACAAGUUCGAAAAUAUGGGCUUCGUGUCCGGCCCUGUCACCUACCUGGAACAGGUGGCAGCCCUACGGCGCCCUCCCGAUCAGGGAGCAGGACCAUCGACGCCCAAGGCGGCUGCACAGACACCCACUCUGAAGGGGAAGAUAGAGGAGUCGAACGCAGUGUUGGACCUUACACGUACGCUGGUUAGCCUCAUGCAAGAAAGCAAAAAAGAACAGCGCGAGAACAAUGCCCGCAUGGAGUCACUGAUGCGUUCCAUGCAUUCCAUUAACGUUCGCGCUGCCCCUUUUGCCACCCAAGCAUUUGCUCCCGCAGUCGCGGGAGCUGGCGCAGGCACGACCCCUAGUACUGACACGUGUUACGCCCGCCAUCAACCCGGCCACAUGGCCCGAGAUUGCCCCCAGCGACAAGUAAGAAUAGGGACAGCCGCGACAACUGCAGCUCCCUUAGCUAACGGGCACGGACGGGUAGGAACCAUGGUAGAAGAAAUGGACGUGGCAGCACCAAGCACAGGGGUAAUCGAGGAAGCCGCAAAGCUCAUCCCACUGGAUCAAUUCCUCUCCUUGGGAUACCCGGGUCUUGGGAUGAUAGGGGCAAUCCUGCCCGCGAACGAUGAGCGAGAGAUUUCAGAAUGGCGACCAUCCCCUGGGGAGAUUGAAUCCGGCGGUCCUGAGUUCGUCACCGGGAAGAUCGAUGUUCAGGACAUCGUCCGAGCCUUAGAUCACCGCAUUCCGCUUCCGAUCGGCUAUCUGUUGUCCAUAUCAGAACAGGCCAAUGAUCGCAUGCUCCAGCAUUGCAAGGCCAAUCAAAAACGAUUCGCACUCGCCAAGCUGGCAACGGCCAAGGGGAAGACUCCCGUAAAGGAGACAAAGUCGGAUACACAUGGACCCUCAGAGACUGUACGCCUGGGACUUCUCCAGAAAAGCGACCAUUUUCUGCGCAUCAAAGCUAUCCCGUGGAAGUCCGCGGAGUGUGACGUGGAGAUCUGGGGAGUCCCAUACAGCGCGAUCCUUGAUUCCGGGGCAGCAGUGUUGGCAAUAUCCCUGCGAGUAGUGGAACGGGCAGGAAGAAGGAAGGAUCUGAUCCCACUCAACGAAGGUGACCGUUUGAUCUCCGCCGAUAAGGAGAAGAUCAGAGCGUGGGUUCGACGCCCCAUGGGUAUAUGCAAUGAGCCGGCAACUUUUCAACGGACAAUGAAUGUCACUUUCCUGAACUUUGUAAACAAGACCAGGUUAACUCAGGGCAUGAUCAAUUUUUGCGUUAUCGUGUACAUGGAUGAUAUUUUGGUGUAUUUUGAAUCAUUCCAUGGACACGUGCAGCAUAUUGAAUGGACACUUGGCGCGCUGCGGGACGCCGGUUUCAAGAUUGCGUUGGAGAAAAGUGAAUUCUUCUUGUCCGAGAUCUCGUUCGUGGGCUACGUGGUAACCCGAGGAGGCUUGAGACCGGAUUCGAGAAAGGUCGAGGCUGUUCGAGAAGCUCCCACGCCCACGCCAUUGAUGCAGGUUCGAGCCUUCCUGGGACUGGCCUCGUACUACAAACGGUUUAUCAAGGGCUUUACGGCAAUCGCUCGGCCCCUAACGAACCUCUUGUGGAAGGACCAGCCGCUGAAUUGGGACGUGGAGUGUGAGCAGGCCUUUUGCACUUUGAAGGAGGCCCUGGCCUCGGCCCCUAUUCUAAUCCGGCCCGAUCUCGAGCGCCAGUUCCUACUCAUUACUGACAGGCAGCCGGAGGCUAUCUCCGCUAUCGUAGCUCAGAAGGGGAAAGACGGGCGGGAACACGUGGUCAAAUAUGCUUCGAGGACGGUGCUGGACGAAAGGAAGAAUGACUCGGCGCCACAAGGAGAAUGCUAUGCUGUCGUCUUGGGAAUCCAACGCUUCCACCCGCACGGGAACGCCGACGGAUUGACACGUCUGCACUGGCCAGGCAAGGAAGAGAUCACUCCGUGGAAGGAUCCGGAACAGCCCAAGGGACCCGGGAUCAAGCCGGAGCAGUGGCUAAGGUGGUGGCAGACGUAUGCGACUCUGUCGCUGUACUUAGUCGAUAUCGAUCUGACGUGGUGGAAGGACGGUGACCAGCCCGCAGUUAGUGAGGACGUCGAGCUGCUGCUCAUUCAAGCUUGGAAGACGGACACACAGGAGGAUUUUCUAGGAUUCGCCUUCGGAUCGGUCGAGCAGGGCCAUCGACGGACGAUCGUAAGCAAGCUGCUGAUCCUCCAGACUGAGCUGCUAGACGACCUUCCGCUUGACAUCAUCUCGCACUCCGACAAGAGUCCAGUACCACACAUCCUCUCGUGCAGCCUGAUACCGUAUCUGCAAUGGUCAGCAUGCCUGGAAGGCGAUGAUGAUAACGCUUGUUACCCAUCGCACAGAUACCUGGAUCCCGGGACCAUUGCGGACGCUCUCUUCAACCCGGUGAGCGGAGGAGAAGAGGAGGAGGAAGACGAGGAAGACGAGGAAGAGACCUCCGAAGAGGACGAGGAUUAUAGUAAGCAUAGUGAGCGUGAGGCGGGGGUAGUGAGCGAAGAAGAAGAAGAAGAAGAAAAAGAGCGGGAGGAGGCCGAAGAAGAAGCGGCCGGAGAAGGGGAAGCGGAUCAGGCGGAAGCCCAGGAAGAGGAUCCAGAGGCAGAACGGCGCAAGGCGGCCAUCGCAGAAGGAAAGUGGCCAUUUGAGCAGUCAGUGGGAGUUGAUCUGCCUGUUCCGGACGACCUGACUAAGGAUCCCGAGCCGCCAGCCAAGGAAGAUGAGCACCCUCAUGCAGAGACUUCUGGCACGACGACGCGCAAGUGAUCCCGCUCCCCCUCCCCUUCUCCCCGUCCCUCAGUUCGAGCUCGUGGCAAUGCAGGACAUCG